AUGGUUGACAGGGUGCAAGUUGAAUUCUAUAUGAAUGAAAAUACAUUUAAAGAGAGACUAAAGCUCUUCUUCAUCAAAAACCAAAGAUCAAGUCUGAGAAUACGAUUAUUCAAUUUUUCUCUCAAGCUACUAAGCUGUUUCUUCUACAUAAUUCGUGUGCUCCUGGAUGAUCCUACACAAGGACUUGGAUGUAAGGAAUUAAACCAGAGUUGUUCCAAUCAAAACUACACACCUGGAACGAUUGAUUGGUCUCCUAUUAUUUGGGUGAAUCGAAGCUUGCCUUUAUGGGGAUUACAGGUUUCUGUGGCUUUAAUAAGUCUCUUUGAAACUCUGCUGCUGAGUUAUCUAAGCUACAAGGGAAAUAUCUGGGAACAAAUUCUGAGAAUACCUUUUCUCCUGGAAAUAAUUAAUGCUGUCCCUUUCAUCAUCACGAUUUUCUGGCCAUUCCUAAGAAACCUGUUUAUUCCUGUAUUUUUAAAUUGUUGGCUGGCAAAGCAUGCUUUAGAGAAUAUGAUUAAUGAUCUUCACAGAGCCAUCCAACGCACACAGUCUGCAAUGUUUAACCAAGUCCUCAUUUUAAUAUCUACCUUACUAUGUCUUAUCUUCACUUGUAUUUGUGGAAUUCAGCAUCUGGAACGAGCAGGAAACAGGUUGACUCUCUUUGACUCCCUUUAUUUCUGCAUAGUGACAUUUUCCACUGUGGGCUUUGGGGAUGUUACACCCAAGAUAUGGCCUUCAAAGCUACUUGUUGUCAUUAUGAUCUGUGUUGCUCUUGUGGUGUUGCCCAUACAGUUUGAACAGCUGGCAUAUUUAUGGAUGGAGAGGCAAAAGUCUGGUGGUAACUACAGUCGACACAGAGCUCAGACAGAAAAACAUGUUGUGCUGUGUGUUAGCUCUCUGAAGAUUGACUUACUUAUGGAUUUCUUAAAUGAAUUCUAUGCUCACCCCAGAUUGCAGGACUAUUAUGUCGUUAUUUUGUGUCCUACUGAGAUGGAUGCUCAGGUCCGAAGGGUGUUACAAAUCCCAAUGUGGUCCCAAAGAGUUAUCUAUCUGCAAGGCUCAGCACUAAAAGAUCAAGACCUGUUGAGAGCUAAAAUGGAUGAUGCUGAAGCUUGUUUCAUUCUGAGUAGUCGCUGUGAGGUGGACCGGACAGCAGCUGAUCAUCAAACUAUUUUAAGAGCAUGGGCAGUUAAAGACUUCGCUCCAAAUUGUCCUUUGUAUGUCCAAAUACUGAAACCUGAGAAUAAAUUCCACAUCAAGUUUGCAGAUCAUGUUGUGUGUGAAGAGGAAUUCAAAUAUGCUAUGCUCGCUCUAAAUUGUAUAUGCCCAGCUACCUCUACGUUAAUCACACUGCUGGUUCAUACUUCUAGGGGACAAACAGCCCCAUGGGAAGUUUUUAGACAACUAACUGGAACCAAGCAGACUUUAAACAGGGAGAGUCAGCAAUCACCGGAACAAUGGCAGAAAAUGUAUGGCAGAUGCUCUGGUAAUGAAGUAUAUCAUAUUAACCUGGAAGAAAGUACUUUUUUUGCUGAGUAUGAGGGGAAAAGCUUCACAUAUGCUUCUUUCCAUGCACAUAAGAAGUUUGGAGUCUGUCUGAUUGGUGUUAGAAAGGAAGAUAACAAAAACAUUUUGCUGAAUCCAGGUCCUCGAUAUAUCAUGAGUUCUACAGAUAUAUGCUUUCAGAUAAAUAUCACCAAAGAAGAAAAUUCUGCUUUUAAGAAGCAAGAAAAGCAUAGAAAAAAACAUGAAUCAAAAUUAUCUUAUCAUGGAGCUUCUAGGUUACCCGUACACAGUAUAAUAGCCAGCAUGGGGACAGUGGCUAUCGAUUUACAAGAUACAGGAUGCCGAACAUCCAGCGGGCCUACACUAGCUCUUCCUUCCGAGGGAGGUAAAGAGGGCAGACGGCCCAGUAUAGCACCUGUUUUGGAGGUUGCAGAUUCAUCCUCACUUCAGACGUGUGACCUGCUAAGUGACCAGUCAGAAGAUGAAACCACCCCAUCAGAUGAUGAAGUCUCUGCAGGAUUAGAGUAUGCCAAAGGCUAUCCUCCUUACUCUCCAUAUAUCGGAAGCUCUCCCACAUUUUGUCAUCUUCUGCGUGAAAAAGUACCCUUCUGUUGUCUAAGACUAGACAAGGGAUGCCAACAUAACUACUAUGAAGACGCCAAAGCCUAUGGAUUCAAAAAUAAAUUGAUUAUAGUUGCAGCAGAAACUGCUGGAAAUGGCUUAUAUAACUUUAUUGUUCCACUAAGAGCUUAUUACCGACCAAAGAAAGAACUAAAUCCCAUUGUAUUACUCCUGGAUAACCCGCCAGAUAUGCAUUUUCUGGAUGCAAUCUGUUGGUUUCCAAUGGUUUACUACAUGGUGGGCUCUAUUGACAACCUAGAUGACUUAUUAAGAUGUGGGGUCACCUUUGCAGCUAAUGUGGUGGUGGUGGACAAAGAAAGUACAAUGAGUGCCGAGGAAGACUACAUGGCAGAUGCUAAGACUAUUGUAAAUGUUCAAACACUCUUUAGGUUGUUUUCAAGCCUAAGCAUUAUCACAGAACUAACUCACCCAGCCAAUAUGAGAUUCAUGCAGUUCAGAGCCAAAGACUGCUAUUCUCUUGCUCUAUCCAAAUUAGAAAAGAAAGAGCGGGAGAAGGGAUCUAAUCUAGCAUUUAUGUUUCGACUGCCCUUCGCUGCUGGCAGGGUUUUCAGCAUCAGUAUGUUGGAUACGCUGCUUUAUCAGUCAUUUGUGAAAGAUUAUAUGAUUUCUAUCACAAGACUUCUGCUGGGACUUGAUACUACACCAGGAUCUGGGUUUCUUUGUUCUAUGAAAAUCACAGAAGAGGAUCUAUGGAUUAGGACAUAUGCCAGACUAUAUCAGAAACUUUGUUCUUCUACAGGAGACAUUCCAAUUGGAGUCUAUAGGACAGAAUCACAAAAGCUUACAACGUCUGAGUCUCAAAUCUCUAUCAGUGUGGAAGAAUGGGAAGACACUAAAGACACCAAAGAACAGAUUAGUUACCGUAGUAAUCAUCGUAACUCAACAUCUAGUGAUCAGUCUGAUCAUCCCUUGUUACGACGAAAAAGCAUGCAGUGGGCCCGACGGCUGAGCAGAAGAGUACCAAGACACUCUGGUAAAACAGCUGAGAAGAUAAACCAGCAGCGAAUGAACCUUUACAAGAGGUCAGAAAGACAGGAGCUUGCUGAACUUGUGAAAAACAGAAUGAAGCAUCUGGGCCUUUCUCCAGCAGGAUACGAUGAAAUGAAUGAUCAUCAGAACACCCUUUCUUACAUCCUGAUCAAUCCUUCUGAUCCUACAAAAUUUGUAUUUUAUCGUGGGUAUAUUAGGCAACAUACAACCCUGAACCAGCACAUGAGGAAGUUCUCAGCUUUUAGAGAUAGGUUGCACACAAAGCAGCAUUCGCAGCUGUUGGUUGCUCAAAAGGCUUUCUUAUACUUGAUCCGACCUGAUCCAUUGGCUUAUGUUCCAAAUACUGCACCCAGCCGAAAAGACAGCUUCUGCAAUACAGUGGGACAAGACACCAGAGAGGAAACACAACUUUGA